GGAUUCCCCAACUGGGGAAUUCUUUGCCAAAAAAGCUUAUCAGGUCAUACAGAUCGUUGGGAUCUCUUGACCGGCCUCCCCGGACGUUUUUGGGGCACCACACACAAGCAGCUCACGACCCGCUGCUAGAAGAUAGGACAAACCCACUUUAGAUAUGCCGCGUGCAGAUGGACAGAGCACAAGAAUACAGUACAGAGAUGACUUGUUACUUUCGUACUUUUAGGUUCUGGGGCCUUCCUUUUUUCUUCAUCUUUUCUCGACACUGAAUCCGUCGCCUCGAGAUAUCUAUCUUCAAGAUUGAUACCAGUCACUUCGGCAAUGGCCUCUGCUGUUGAAACGAAGGAUGGUGUGAUGUCAUCCGAAGAAAAACACAAUUCUCGUGAUCUCGAAUCUGGUACGCCGGAGUACGAAGGAAAAACCGAGACAUUCUCCAACGAUGAAGCCGUUCCCUCGUCCUCGAAGACUCGUGCGAAAGAACUACGGGAAAAUACAGGGAUCCUUAGUACACUAUGUCGUGGGGAGGAUUGGCUCGACGCCAAGAUGGGCAUUGAGACUCAAGGUGUGGAUUUGAUCCGAGAAGAGGAUAAAAAGCCUCCUUCCAUUCUGAAUGUCUCCCUCUUGUGGUUCACAUUGACAUGCCAUGUUGGAGCAAUUCCUAUUGGAAUGCUUGGUCCAGAAUGGGGACUGUCGCUUAAACAAUCAAUUGCUGGAUCCGUCGUUGGAACUAUACUUGGAGCCUUGUGUACUGGUUAUUGCGGAACUCUUGGACCCAAGGUAAGAAGAACCACUUACUUAAUUCAGCAUCAAGUUUGAUGUUGACUGCUAUAUAGCUAGGCCUCCGCGCGAUUGCGACUUCUCGAUACUCUUUCGGAUUCUAUGGUGCGAAAUUAUGCUCGAUUUUGAAUGUAGUUGUUGGAGCCGGGUUUGCGGUUGUCAACGUUGUUAUAGUUGGUCAGAUCCUCAGCGCCGUCUCGGACUAUAAAAUGACCAUCGUUGUCGGAUGUAUUAUCGUUUCGAUUUUGAGCUACAUAAUCUCCAUUUUUGGCUUCGCCGUCAUCCACAGCUUGGAAAAAUAUGCAUGGAUCAUGUCGUUCAUCCUGCUUUGCAUACUCAUUGGACAAUUUGGGAGCAAAGUCGAUUCGUCCAGUCCAGGAACAGCUACCGGCCUUAUAUACUCCGGCUCGAUGCUCAACUUCCUCGCAUUGUGCUUCUCCAAUGGGUCAGGGUGGUGUUCAGUGGCUUCCGACUAUUACUGCAACUACCCGAAGAACACCGGCUCUUGGAAGAUCUUCGCUCUGACUGUUGCUGGUGUUACCAUCCCAACAGUAUUCGCUGAGGUGAUUGGAUGCUGUCUCGGAAACAUCGUUUUUGGCGGUGCAGAAUCUAAUGCCUACCUUGCAGCAGCAUACGAAGAACAUGGACUUGGAGGCCUUCUUCUAGAAUCUUAUCAUCCUAUAGGCUUCUCAAAGUUUUGCCUUGUCCUUUUGGUAUUUACUGUCAUAGGCAACAACGUUGCCGUCAACUAUUCCUCUGGGUUAUCUAUCCAGCUUCUAGGGCAUUAUUUCCAUGCCAUCCCCCGAUUCAUCUGGUCCUUUCUCAACGCCCUUGUCAUUGCCGUUCUGGCCAUUGCUGGUCGCGAAAGCCUCUCGCUAAUCGUCAGUAACUUCGUGUCCUUGCUAGGUUACUGGACCAUCAGUUUCACACUGGUGCUGUUGAUAGAGGAUCAAUGGUUUCGUCGACAUAUAGGCUACGAGUUGGAGAUAUGGGAUCUCCCUGAAAAGCUUCCUUGGGGGGUUGCUGCUGUUUUUGCCCUUUUGGUUGGGUAUUUGGCGGGUGGUGUUCCUGGUAUGUCGCAAGUCUGGUAUGUUGGACCGAUAGCUGCGAAGUUUGGGGGCUUUGGAGGGGACGUGGGGAUAUACUUGAGUGGGGUUCUUACUCUUCUUGUGUAUCCUCCUGCGCGAUAUCUAGAGAUACAAGUGACGGGGAAAUGAUUGGAGAAUGUAUGGACAGAAUAAACUUCUAAAUAUGAUUGCGAAUUAAUAUCGAAAUUCCUUUACA